AGCCAUUUGGGCUCAAGCCGUGCGCCUCGAGACAAGAUCGCUCCGUCGGCUCCUGGGCCAUGUUCUCCAAAGUCGUGGCCUACGUGGGCGACAACGCUAUCCAGACGGAUGCCGCAGCGGGCGAGGCGGGUCUCCGAAAGGACUGCCCAGAUCUCCUGACGGAGAGCGAGCGGGUCAUUUUCGCGUUCAAGGAUCGAGGAGGGGCUGGGCGAGAUGACAAGUUCUUCACGACGAAACGCAUCCUGAUCAGGAACGUACAGGGCAUGACCGGCAAGGCGGUGAAGUACCAGAGCAUGCCGUACGAAGCGAUCAAGGCCUUCUCCGUGGAGACGGCGGGCAGCGUUCUCGACUCUGACUGCACGCUGAAGCUCCAGACCUCUGGCGGGGGCGAGACAUCGAUGGACUUUGUCAAGGGCGUCGACCUCUUUGCCAUCGCCAGGCACCUCAACGCGAUGAUCCUCGUCGGCGGCAGCACCGGCGCCGACGUCCCGGGGGGGGCCCCCGCGAGCGAGCGCGUGGAGGAGGCGGAUGGCGCAGGCAGGGUCGGCGGCUUCCUGGACUGGCUCGGCGACGACGCGAGCCAGAUCGACGCCAGCCGUGUGGAGAGGCAGCUCAAGCAGGAGCCGAGGAUCCUCAUGGACGAGGAGAGGGUCGAGCUGGCCUUCAAGUGUGGGCGCGACUCGUUCCUGUUCACCUCGCGGCGGCUUCUGAUCAUCGACGUGAAAGGCCUCAGCGGCAGCCGGGUGAAGUACCUGUCGGUGCUCUGGAGCAGCGUCCGCGCCUUCUCCGUGGAGUCGGCGGGGUCUUGGCUCGACAGGGACGCCGAGAUGAUCCUCUUCACCAGCAUCAAGGGCAUGCCGAGGAUCAGUCAGGAUUUUCGCAAGGGCAAGGUGGACCUGAUGGCGGUCCAGAGGUACGUCACGGACAAGGUGCUCGGGGAGGACAGUGCCCCGGUCUCGCAGCACGCGGUCCGCGCGGCGGGCCAUGCGGACGCGGGCUCGGGGAGCCUCUUCGCCUGGCUCGGCGACGAUUGCCGCAUGAUCGACGCCACCGAGGUGGAGAGGCAGUACCGGUCGGACCCGCCCAUACUGCAGCCGUCGGAGCACGUCGAGAUGGCUUUCAAGGGGCGGCGGGACCUGAGCCUCUUCACCAACAAGCGCUUCCUGCAGGUGGACCUUAAGGGCUUCGCUGGCUUCAAGAAGGUCGACUACUUCAGUGUGCCCUGGAAAAACGUUCAGGCGUUCGGGGUCCGUUCCGCGGGCUCUUGGAUGGACAAGGACUCGGAGAUGAUGAUCUGGACAGACAUCAACGACAUCUUCUACCCACCAGCACCAGACAAGGACAGCCCGCCUCCCCCGCCGAUCCCCCGCAAAUCCUACAUCGAGAUCGACUUCCAGAAGGACAAGGUCGACCUCAUGGCGGUCCAGAGGUACCUCGCCGAGCGAUGCCUGAGGUCGGAGGGCGGGGCUGGCCCGCUGCCUCCGCACGUGCCCGUCCCACCGGAGGCGAUGCAGGCAUCGCCCCCUGGGGCCGUCGAGGGCUUCCUGAACUGGGUCGGCGACGACGCCCGUGCGGUCGACGCCGGCGAGAUCGAGCGGAAGCUGCACUCGGAGAGUCCCGUGCUUCAGAGGGGCGAGCGCGUCUGCAUGGCCUUCAAGUCGGGGCGAGACCUGGCGCUGCUGACGAGCAAGCGCGCGCUGCUGGUGGACGUGCAGGGGUUCACGGGGAAGAGGGUCGAGUGGAAGAGCGUCCCCUACGCGAGCCUCCGGGCCUUCUCCGUCGAGUCCGCCGGCUCCUGGGACAGGGACGCCGAGUUCAAGCUCUUCUGCAAGACCUACUGGGUCAACGGCGCCCCGGGCUCCGUGAUCAAGCAGGACCUGCGGAAAGGUCGGGCGGACAUCAUUGCAAUCCAGGCCUUCUUGGCUGCGCAAGUCUUCGGUGUGGACGACGGGUCCACGACCGCCGCCUUCGGGGGGCAGGUCGCUGCAUCCCCUGCUGGCAUAGAAGGCUUCCUGGCGUGGAUCGGGGACGACGCGCACGAGAUCAACCCGGGGGAGGUGAAUAAGACUUUGCACGAGUCCCCUCCGAUCCUCCAGGACGACGAGUCCGUGGAUCUGUGCUUCAAGGUCGGGCGCGAUAUGUGCGUCUUCACCACCAAGCGAUUGCUGUUCGUGGACGUUCAAGGCUGGACGGGGAAGAAAGUGGAGUACAUGAGCUAUCCUCUCAGGUACUGUGCAGGCUUCUCGGUGCGCUCGGCCGGAGCCGUUGGCUUCGUGAGCAGUGCCUACUGCUCUGUCUACACGGACGUCCCUGGCUCGGCAAAGGUCAAGCAGGACCUGAGCAAAACCAGGGCUGACAUCUGGCCCAUCCAGUCUAUGCUCGCCAGGAAGCUCCUUAGGUAGCUUGCGUCGUGCUUGAAGGAUCCGCAUUCUCGCGCGGCACUGUGUGAGCAACCUUCUUGUGCUUUUUGAGCGACGGUUCCGAUUCUUCGAGAAACUUCAGAGGAUCGAGACUCUACAGUGAGCAAGCGAAGUCUUGUCAGCCAUCGUUUUAGUUGUGUAGAGCGUUUAUCAUUCCAUUGCGUACGGCAUUGGCGACGCGUUGCGAUCGUGAGGCAGCCCAGGAGCGCGCGGGAGUGCCCAGGAAAUUUGAGAA